AAAUUAUUUUUAGAAAUUGUUCAGUUAAAAAUUACAAGAUUCUAAUUAAGAGGCGACGAAAAUUCCACUGCUUUUAUAGAUCUCAACUUCUAACUGUAUAGCUUCAAAGAAAAUCACCAGCUAUUUUAAUGUUUGAAAGUAGUGGAAAAUGUACUCCAUCUUGAAAAUGUCCACCAUCUUGAGACUUGCUUUUCUUCAUCAGCUGAUUUCCUUAAUGGUAACUGAAGCAGCUGCAGCAGAUUUAGGUUGCAUUGAGAGAAGUUUUGGCCAUACAUCCCAUGUUUGUGUUUGUAAUAGUACUUACUGUGAUACACUCUCUAUACCAGAUAUUGAGGCAAACACAAUUCUCCAUAUUGAAUCUGAUAGGGAAGGAAAAAGGUUUGCACAAAGUACUGUUGAGUGGGGCGAGGGUGAUGAAACUGUUGGAGUUCUUGUAAAUGUUGAUAGUUCUAGACUUUAUCAAACUAUUCUUGGAUUUGGAGGAGCUUUUACUGAUGCUGCAGGCAUAAAUAUUGCGAAACUAAGUAAAGAAGCUCAAGAGAAUUUGAUCAGGUAUUUGAAAAAGUUAAGAUUCACUGCGUUACCCCUAAAAAGAAAAAAUGUUACCCCCCUGGACAAAUUCCUGAUUAGGCCCCUGAUACUUUUAUUUAGAGAAUAUACGUAUUGUGACACUCCUGGGGAUACGGAAUUAUCAACAUUUAAUCUAACAGUAGAUGAUACCCUUUACAAGAUUCCCUAUAUUAAUCAAGCUAAACAGAUAUCAAAUAAACAGAUUAAAAUGUUUGCAAGCCCAUGGUCGGCACCGGCCUGGAUGAAAUCAAACAAUGCAUUAAAUGGUCAGGGAUAUUUGCUGCCAGAGUAUUAUUCAGCUUGGGCAAAUUAUUUUAUAAAGUUCUUGGACUCCUACAAGGAGCUAGGAGUAGAAUUCUGGGGGCUAACUGCUCAGAAUGAACCAUAUGAUGGAGAUAUUCCAGAUUUUUCGUUUAACUGCAUGGGAUGGAAUGCUUCGACUCAGGUGACUGGAGUAACUACAUAUUUCCCAGUAACAUCGUUCAAGUGCGAGUAUGCUGACGUUAUACUGAUGGCUCUUGACGACCAACGACCAUUUAUACGAGCAUGGGCAGAAACAGUUAUGGAGAAUCCAAAAGCUGCCCAGUUUGUGUCUGGUUGGGCUGUACACUGGUAUGUGGAUUUCCUAGGAUUUCUGGUAAGUGAAAAUUUUAGAAAAGUCAUAUUUUUGGGGACAAAAGGCUGUGAAAAGGCCGUGUUCAAGAACCCGAUGUACUACGCAAUGGGACAUUUUAGUAAAUUCAUGACAGAGGGGUCAGUCAGGAUUGGAGUUGAUACCCAGGGAUACGAUGCAGAUAGGGUACAGAUGGUGGGAGUUAAACGCCCGGAUGGUGCAACUGUGCUUGUGAUUACUAACAAGCAUUUAGAGAGUGCUGUAAAGGUACGGAUCGAAGAUGGAGCUAUGUCCAGUCAAAUUCUAACCAUCCAACCUGAAUCUGUUCAUACCCUAGUUUGGUUUUCAACACAGGACUAACGAGCCAAACGAAAAGAUGAAGAAAAAAAACGUAAAGACGAAAAGAAGAACACAGAAAAAAAGAAGACAAUGUACAGAAACAAAAAGAUGAAAAGAAAAAAGACGAAAAUUUUCCCUUGUAGUUUUUAAAAAAAAUUCAACUCUUUAAAUGUAAUUUUCUGUCGACUUAUUUUCAAUUUUCCCUCAAUUAAAAAAGAGUAGCAUGCCGGAUUCAUAAUGGUACCCUUUCCGCUUUCAUCUGAGCAACAGUGAGAAAGAUAUUGUUACUUUUUAAUUUGGAAAAGUGUUUAAUUCUAACAAUGUUGUUCUUUCUCACUGUUGCAUAACUCCGCAAGUCACUUUUAAUGAGAACAAUAUUUAAAACUGAUCAAUUUAGGAUAAAUUAGAGGGAUAACUCUAUAUCAUUUCAGUCAAGUCAAAGGUUUUAAGGGUAGGGUUUUGAAUCGGACAUGCCACUGUAAAAAAAGAUCAAAUUAACACAGUCUUACAGUAUCCUUAAUCACAUGCGUAUUGUUACCAUUUAAAAGUGGUAUGAAAUAAAAGAAAUGUAAAGCCAUGAAACUAAUGUGAGUAAAUCUACAGAAUAUAGGAUAAAAUCUA